GUCCAGAAGGAGACAGAGAAACUGCUGCAGUUUACAGACACCCACUUUCCAGACGGCUGUCGUGUUUUCUUGGCGCUAACCGGGUUUAUUUAUUUAUUUUUUAUUGCUGUUGUACAGAUAAAGGAGCCAGACUGCUGUCGCAGAGUGACGUGGGGCGUGACGGGGUUUCCUGGGCGGUGAGCGUUCUUGAAAAGCAUCUCGAGACGGCAUCGAGCAAAGACCCAGAUUCGGCCGCAAUAAACCGUUCUCGGUCCUCGGAGUGAGAAAAAGCGCCGCUGCUCGGCAAGAGGAAGCGUGGAAACAGGUGGUGAAGCGUUCAGCGGAUCAGUCGUGGAUCUUCACAGGGCUUCGCCACAUGGGAGUGCGCUUCCACACUCAUAAGGGUGUGUGUUUGGGGCUCCCGCCGUCCCGUCGCCUGCCUGCUGCUGGAUCGACAUGGCCGGUGGCAGAGAGCGCAGAGAACGGACACAGAGGCCAUGGUCGGUGUACCGGGCCAACACCUUCGAGCUUUCCAGCGAGAUGAUCGGCCUGGCACUCGCAGGGAAUAGUCAGGACCCAGACGAGCCUGUUUUGGAGUUCAGUGUCGCCUGCUCGGAGCUGGCCACUCCCGCUUUGGAGCGAAAACCAAACAGCUUUGUAGCUGUGAGCUGCACAACCCCGCCACAGGCCUUCUGGACCAAACACGCCCAGACCGAAGUCAUCGAGGGUACCAGUAACCCCAUCUUCCUCAGUAGCAUCGCCUUUUUCCAGGACUGUAACAUUAACCCCCAGACGCAGGUCAAGCUGGCCGUGUACGACGUAAAGGACCGCUCGCAGGGCACGAUGUACAUGUUGGGGUUUGCACUUUUUGCUGUGAAGGAACUUCUGCAGGAGAAAGACCACAGAUUAGAGCUUGAACUGCGAUCGGCAGAUAACCAACGGGUUGGGAAGGUUACCAUCGCAGCGUGGCAGAUGGAGGACAGGGGUGAUCAUAGGAUGUCUGUGAAGAGUCUGCCAGAGAGCGUCAACGGUCGAAUGGUACUUCCCGUUGACGAGAGCCUGACUGAGUCGAUGGGAGCCCGGAUUAAAUACGCCUCGCUGUCCAAAGACAGCCUGCUGAGCUCAGUGUUCGGAGGAACCAUGUCCAGGAUGUACCGCUUCCCAACCACUGACGGAAAGCACCUGCGCGUCCUGGAGCAGAUGGCUGAGAGCGUCCUGUCCCUCAACGUUCCCCGGCAGUUUGUCAAGCUGCUGCUGGAGGAGGACUUCGCCAGGGUGUGUGAGCUGGAGGAACUGGGAGAGUUAUCGCCCUGCUGGGAGACUUUGCGACGGCAGAUCGUGUCCCAGUACCAGUCCAUGACGCUCACGUAUCAGGAGACGCUGUGUGACCUCAACAGCUACCGAGGUCCCUCCUUCAAAGCCAGCAACCUGAAAGCAGACAGGAAGCUGGAAUUCAUGCCAACCAACCUCCAUGUGCAGAGGAUGAGGGUGCAGGAUGAGCUGGGCUUCAAGCACACCUAUGAUGUCAUAACGAUUGGCGCUCCGGCUGCUCAUUGCCAGGGAUUUAAAAAUGGCGGCCUCAGGAAGCUCAUCCAUAAGUUUGAGGAGGCCAAGAAACACGUUUGUGAGGAGGGAUGCAGCGCUCUCUCCAGCUCGCAGUCCAUCGUCUACAUACCCCAGGACGUCGUCCGAGCCAAAGAGAUCAUCGCCCACGUCAACACGCUCAAAACUCAGGUCAACUACUACGCGGAGAGGCUUUCCCGAGCCGCCAAAGACCGAUCGGCUAGCGGGCUGGAGAGGACGCUGGCUAUCCUGACGGAUAAGACUCGUCAGUUGGUGAUGGUGUGCGACUGCAAAUUGCUGGCUUCGGCCAUCCAGGCUUUGAACGCGGCGCGGCCCGACUACAUCGCCUCCAAAGCGUCGCCCACCACCGAAACAGAACAAGUGGUCCUCCGCAACGAUCAGGACACUCUGCUGGCCAAGUGGAGCGGCAGCAACAGUCGAUCUUCGCUGCAUGUGGACUGGCACGAAGAGGAGUGGGAGAAGGUUUGGGUCAAUGUGGACAAGUCUCUGGACUGCAUCAUCCAGCGAGUGGAUAAGAUGCUGCAGAAAGAGAGGAGACCAAGCAGCAGUAGUCUGGACAGUACCCAGCAUGACCUGCAGGGCGGCGACAGUAAAAAAGGUGAGGAAAAACGACGGGCUUUCUGGAUCAACCCAGGAAGUUUGUCGCAGGACUCAUUAUCAUCAGAACCACCUUCAUCAGCACCACCAUGCUCUUCCUCUUCGCCUGCCCUCUCCUCAUCUGCACGAGCCCCCAGCCCCGAACAGGAAAACUAUGGAAGCCCGAGUGCGGAGGAGACGUACCCAGGUGAGUGGAGCGAGGCUCUGUACCCGCUCCUCACCACGCUCACCGAGUGCGUCGCCAUGAUGACCGACAAGGCCAAGAAGUCCAUGGUGUUCCUGCUGAUGCAGGACAGCGCCCCCACCAUCGCCAUGGACGUCUCGCUGCAAUAUCGCCGGGACGUCGUCUUCUGCCAGACGCUCACUGCCCUGAUCUGUGGCUUUGUCAUCAAACUGAGGAACUGUCUUCGAGACAACGGUUUCCUGCGGCAGCUCUACACGAUCGGCCUGCUGGCUCAGUACGAGUCCCUGCUCAGCACCUACGGAGAGGAGGUCGCCAUGUUGGAGGACAUGAGCAUCGGCGUCAUGGAUCUGCGCAACGUCACCUUUAAGGUCACCCAGGCAACCGGCAGCUCCGCCCCCGACAUGCUGCCGAUCAUCACGGGCAACAGGGACGGCUUCAACGUCCGCGUCCCUCUGCCGGGCAGCAUGUUCGACGCGUUGCCGCGGGAGAUCCAGAGCGGCAUGCUGCUGAGGGUCCAGCCGGUGCACUUCAACGUGGGCAUCAACGAGCAGCAGACGCUGGCCGAGAAGUUUGGUGACACAUCCCUGCAGGAAAUCAUCAACGUGGAGAGUCUCUCCAGGCUGAACUCGUACUAUGAACAGUUCAAAGAAGUUCUCCCCGAGGACUGCCUUCCCAGGUCCCGUUCUCAGACUUGCCUCCCUGAGCUGCUGAGGUUUCUGGGCCAGAACGUCAACGCCAGGAAGAACAAGAACGUGGACAUCCUCUGGCAGGCGGCCGAGAUAUGCCGCCGGCUGAACGGCGUCCGUUUCACCAGCUGCAAGAGCGCCAAAGACCGGACGGGCAUGUCGGUCACUCUGGAGCAGUGCCUGAUCCUGCAGCAUGAACACGGCAUGGCGCCGCAGGUCUUCACGCAGGCGCUCGACUGCAUGCGCAGCGUUGGGACGAGGGAAGGCGUGAUCCAGAAGAACCUGAGCGGCUUGCUGCCGGUGCGCGACCUGCGGCUGGACCCCAGCCUCAUGUACUCCCUGCCGCUGUUGGCGCUCAGCCCCAACCUGCUGGUGGUGUGCAUCUUCCUCAGCGUGGCGUAUUUCUUGGCCAGAGUCCGCUGCAGCUGAGCCAGGCCUGGUCAGGUUUUUUUGUUUUGUUUUUCGAAACAGCAGUCCAGUCACACACUGUUUCACCUGAACGAAGGGCUUUCCACAAACCCCCACCGGAGUUUCUUCAUGGAAAAAAAAAACAAAAAACUGAAUUUUCCUUCACUUCUUUCUCCUUUUGCUCAAAGUGAGGCAUCACGCAAAUGGUUUACCAUUUAAAGCUGCAGUAUGUAAAUCUAUCAUAAUUUCACAACCAAUCGGAGUCAGAAGGAGGAUCUUAGCGCUGUCAAUCAACUUUGUGAGCGCACUGCUAAACAUGCUAACCACAGAGAAACAACUUAGCGUUAGAGAAAAAACAUUUAUCCGCCGUUAUCGGUGGCCGUGCUAACUAGCCUUGGUAGUAGUUAGCAUUUGCUGAGCAAAAGUUUGAACAAAUCUAGAAAAAAAUAUUUUUUAUUAAACUUACAUACUGCUGCUUUAAAGUUACAUUUUUGUGUCUUAUUUUCAUAUUUUCUCUCUAAAUGUUGCCAUUCCUGGGAUUGGUCACUAAAGUGCAGCCUUUUGUCUUUGUUUUUUGUUUUUUUUGAAGUGAUCACUCUCAUAAAGAAAGAGGAAAGGCUUCAAAACAAUAAAUGAUGUGUUUUAUGGGGAACAUGCAAUAGAAGAAAAAGCAUUUUUAAAAGGGAUGUAAUGGAUAUUUUUAGCAAAUGACUAGAUGUCACGCUGUCUUAUUUAUAUGAACAUAUAUAUAUAUAUAUAUAAUAUAUAUUAAAAGAGCUUCUGGAAGAACUAAGAGUAGCUUUUAUUUAAAAAAAAAAAAUCGUGUAAACAGCUUCUUCCAUUUAUGCUUUCAUAGUCUUCCACGUGCGUCAGCACUCGGCUUUUGAGCUAAUGUAGACGAACCUAAAGCUUUUUAUGCAGCUAUGCCUAAGCUUACAUAUAUUUAUAUUUUUGUCGGCCUUGUCUUUUGCGUCUCAGCAGGUCUUCCUGGUUUUAUAGAAAGUGCGAGGCGUUUUGCAGAUUGUAGGAUAUCCAGGUGAAAUGUGUUUGAUUAUGCAAAGCGAUGCUGCCGGUUGUGUACCGUUUACGCUUUAGAGGCAGUUAUGAAGAUGAAAGAAUCUAGUUUAUUAUGCAACAAGAUUUCUGAAUUAUUGAUGGACGUGUUCCAUCAAACCCAAUGCUUGUCGAGUUUUAUCGCAGGGUCUGUUUCCAGAUGUUUGCUGGAUGCAGCUUGGCCUGUUGCAAAAAGUAAUAAAUCAAUUCCUUGUGUAAUAAAUCAAAAUAAGAUUAAUAACUUCCAGUUAGACCACAAUCUUUAAAGAGAUACUGCCCUAUUGUUGAGAAACGCUGCAGACAUUUGACACCCAGUACAAAUGGGUUUGCACUACUUGCCCCUUUUGCCUGUUGUCCCUGUUUAAGCUGAGCAAUUAAUAUGGUUGGAAUUUUGCUUACAAAGACUUCAUAAUCCAUUUGAAUUCUUUUUUUAUUUGGGAUUUUUUAAAAAUAUUUUUAAAUUCCAGCAUUCAGAAAUCAGAAUAAUCUUUGAGUGUGGAUUCUUGGCUCUAUAUACCAUUAUUAUUAUUAUUAUUAUAUUAGUUGAAAAUGCUCUCAAAACAACAAUUUUAUCAUUUAUUGCAAUCAUUUCUGUAACAAUUUCUUAUGCAUAAAGUCUUUUUUUCUUUCCCCAUGUGUUCUGAAAUACAAACACUGUUUUGUUUUACCAAGCGUUCCUGCUUCCUGAAUGACAAAAUGGUUUAAAACAAAACCAAAAUUCAACAAUACGAAAAAAGUAUUUAGAAUAAUAGUUCUGUAUACGGAAGGCAGAAAAUAUCAGAAUAAUUUAAUAAAAUAGCUUAUCAUCAAAUUAAUUGGUAAACAGUUUCUAUAAAUAUAUGCUUUUUUUAUGUAAAAAAUGAUCAAGAGUAAUUACAAAAAAGAUUUCAUUGUUAAAAUAUAUUACGUCUGUUAUGGAAAAAAAAAAACGUGCUCAUAUCUGGACUCUGCCUCAUUUUCGAGGCAACAAAUAAAUGCCCAUCAUUUAUUCGAGAUCAGAACUGCACCAUAAUUUGAUGUGUCUGGACGGAAAAGGAUGAAUUGUGCGUUUAUUAUUUUGGGGAACUGAAAGCAUUCUGGCUGCUUUACUUGGAAGUAUGCUAUUUAAAAAUCAAUAUCUCGGCCUGCAGCAUCAGCUGCCUCCCCGGAGAGUUCGGGCUCGGUAUCAUUAAGAUCGACCCAGUAAGGAAAUAGAUAAGACCAAAUUAGCCUCCCUUGGGACUUUUAUUGGCUCUUGUGUCCUGCUAGCAUUCACGUACUCUGACCGGUGAUCAAUUCCUGUGAAAGCAUAACAAGCUUCUCUGUCUUUACAAAUAUUUUUGCCGUGGAUCCAAACGGCUGUGCAUGCUACACAAAAAAAAAAAACCUGCCAUCGUUUUAGCCCGUUAGCAAAGUUCUUUGUUUGUUCAGAUACAGUGUUUCGUUUACAAGAAUUCAAACGUUCAGCUGAAAUUUGCUGAUCUUAUUUACUGUAAGUUAUGUUUAUGAAUGAGUUAAGAGUUGAUGUGCUUUUCAGUUGUAUUGCUUUUGUUUUUUGGUUUCUGCCUUGCUCACUAUUUUUGUGCUAGUAGCAUACGAGCUGCACUAUUUUGUUGGGUUUUUUAUUUGGAUAUAAACAUAAAAAUAGCUGAGGAUUACCAUUAUUCAACUCUAGUCAAAUUGCCAUGUUAGCAAUGUACUUAAAAAUCCCUCAUUUCAAAUCAAAUUUAAAAUCCAGUGUCUUCAAAAUAGUCACUAUUUUACGUGUAGCUAGCUUAUUAGAGUCAAUAGUUAUUAUUCAUUAACUAAUCAAUUAAUGAGUUAAGUUUUAUGUUUUAAAGUACCAUUUGAAAAAUUAAAUGCAAACUACACUUUUUUUUCUUUUGUUUUUUUUUUGGGGGGGGCAAUUUAUUGUUGAUUUCACAAGAUCACUGAGUUCUCCUUGACCCGCAGACCUAACAUUGUUACCAUUUCCUGAAAAUAUUAUAAAUAAAGUCGCAGCUGCUCGACAAUGAGGUGGAAAUUUCACUUUGCUGGAGGAAAAAGUGUCAGUUUCAGAGAUAUAUGAAUUAUUUACUAUCCAUCUUUAGAGAUGCAUUAUGAUAAAGUGCUUCCUGAAGGGUUCAGUUACGUUACUGUUUCAUGGAGCUUUUUGUUCUUGUUUUUGCACAUCUAUGAGAGUAUAUAUUUGAAAUAUGUUUUUGGGAAGAAUUGUUUUUAAGUGCUUGUAUUAUCUCAGUACAUUGUCGUCUGUGAUAUUUAUUAUGAAUCAAGAAAGGCGUAAAUACAUAAAUCAAUACUUCUAUGCUGAAUAUUAUGCUUGUGCCAUAACUGUCCUACUCUAGUCACUUUAUUUCUCUUGCUAUGUAUGUCUGUUUUUACUGAAUAUGCAUUUUCUUGUGUGAUUAAAUUCUUUCACAGAUUGCGGUUCUAUCCGAAACUCUAAGCCUUAUUGUCAAAUAUUGUUUUUGGGGGAUGUUAGACUUGUAAUGUGACAUUAUCAUGGUAUUCCAAUCCUCAUGUCUGACUGUAAACUGUUGAUAUGCUGAACUAUGAGACUUUUCCAGAGAUUUGUGCAGGAGGUUAUUGCAAGAACAGUGAAUUUGUUGCUUUCAAGGUAUCCGUUCUGUUCAUUUAUUCCAGUGGUAACGUUCAUAUUCCAGCUGCACCCAGACAUGUAUUACGGUAAAAAAAAAAACCAGAAUUUUUAACUAUGCCUCAAAUUAAUGUCACUUUAAUGUCGAAACGUUUGCUUUGUCCAGCAUCCACUCUGCUUUAAAUGUAUACACAAAUCCAAGAAAACCCUCUGUCCAUGUGCCCUUAUAGUCAUAAUGCUGCUCAAAUAAAUGUUUUAUGCCUCCACUUGUAAAAUGUAUAUACAUGAGUAUUGUUACUGUUUUGUUUUUUUCUUUUGUGUGUCGGUUUUGUACUUUUUUUGUUGUUACAUAAAUGUUUCUUGUAAUAUUUUUCAAAACAGAUUCUUGGAUCUGCUCACCAUUUUUUUGUUUGUUUGUUAUUUUUUACAUUAUAUGGCCGAAUUUAAAAAGACUCACUAUUGCAAAAUCCAUUUGAUAAAUUUCUUGGUACUUUUAACUUUUUUUUUUUUAUUAUUUAAAUGCACAUUGUUUUCUAUUUCUAGGUGUCGAUUUAAAUGUCGUACGUCUUAGCUAACUUGUUUAGCUUACCUGAACUGAAGUUACAAGCAACAGGAUUAAAAAAAAAAAAAAACGUUCAAAGAACAUUUUGAUUUA